AUGGUAGUUCAUCAGGCCAAACUGCCUGGUGCAGGGCCGCCCGCGAGUUACUCCUGCGGAGUUUGGAGCCCGUCACGUCCAGGGGUUCUGUUUCUUGGAAGAACAGAUGGAAAUUUGGAAGUUUGGGACCUCAGAGAUCAGCUGCAGAAGCCUACUACCAUUAGUGCAGUGUCUGCUGUACAGUUGACAUCUCUGGCCUUCCCUCAGUUGCAACAGCAGCAAGUGCCGCCGACGCACCAGCAUACUCCCAGCAACGUUCGCAAAUCGAGAAAGCUCACACGACAGCCUCCGCUGGGAGAGGCAAUGGCGACAAGCAACGAACGCAGUCCCUCACUUGCGUAUCUCGCAGCAGGUGAUGCAACGGGGGCUCUGAGGGUCCUCAAACUCUUUCCCAGCUUAACAAACCCCAAUACGGAUGAGCUGAGCCAUAUUUCUUCAAUGCUUUUGAAGGAUGAUGGGCGAGUGGAGUACUUGAACGAGAGGGAAGCUGUUCUUAAAAAGGCAGCAGAGGAGAAGAACAAACGGCAAACGGCCGAAAGGGGUUCAGAAGAAGUGGAAGCUCCACCAGAAGGGGAAACAGAAAGCCUUGAGCUCCAGGCAAUGGAAGCUGAGUAUAGAGCGAUGGAGGCAGCAUUCCUUAAGGAGUUGCAGCAGCGUGCGACACAGGAGAACACCGCAGCAAACCCUGCUUGA